AUGAAGAUAAUCUCUAAUAAGGAUAAAUUCCGUAUUCGCUCUCCCGACCCGCUUCCAAAGUGUCCGCUCUGGGCCAUAAUGGAUCAAGUUAACUGUGACGUUGAACUCGAAAACCUCUCGCCUGAGCUUCCCAAAGUCACAGUCCUGGUACCAUCUGCUUCAUCGAAUUCCUCUGAAUUAUCAACAAUUAUUCGGAGCCUGGAUGAAGAAAGCGCCGAACGCUCCAAAAAAGAAAUUGUGGUCCACGAGAGUUUUACGAUUCUUCCACCCUCGAGCUCAAGAAAGCACAUUUUCCUCCCCAAGGAUGAAUUUGAUUUGUUGAAGCACCGGCCGAUUUUCAAUCACCCUCUGCCAAAAGAGGAGUGCCAGACCGAUGAAAGUGAUAUCUCCGAUGUGGAUGUGGACCCACUUGGGUUCGAAAAAGUGGACUCCCCACCAAUCGAGAAACGGCCUCCGUCGCUUGAUCCACCACAAAAGCCACAACUGAACUGCCAUUAUGAAACCUUCCCUGUUGUUCCUCAGAAUGGUCCCUCUGUGUCUCAUGAAGCACUUGGAGAAUCAAGAGACGGUGUGAGCCAAAAGCACAAUGGUCAUAAAAAGCAGAAGCUUUUCAGUCCAAUCCAGUAUGUUCCAAAGACUCCAUUGGAGGAUCAACUGGGAAAUUCCAAUGAACCACUGCAAAAGCGUCAAAGGGUCGACCCUGAAAUCAAUGAAACCAAUGGCCAGAGGGAAUUUGGCGGAAGUCAUUUGAUCAAUGUCGCUAGGAACCCAGAACCAGCUCCUUAUUUCAAUAAUGCAACUCAAAGGCACAUCGUCCCUGAUUUCAGAAGAUACAUGGUUACGCUAUUGGAUCAAAGGUUUUGCCGGAUCCAGAGAAAAAGAUACGUCCGCCCCAACUUACAAGAGCUUCAGAAUAACGACACUCAGCAUGUCUAUGUGAAGCAUUUCUUCUUCUCGGACAAGGAACCAUACAGUUAUCAGUGGGUCAGGAAAGUAAAAGACGAAUCAGGAACCGUCAUUCAAAACUCUCGAAGCGCCCUUUGUUCCUACUGCAAAGAAAUCCACUUCUUUGACAUUCGGAAAUCAUAUUAUGCCACACACAUGGCCUUGUACCAUGGCGUCUAUCCAAACGACUACUUGACUCCAGAACCGUUGUUUGCAGGUAUCUAUCAUACUCCAAGAUACAGCAGAUUUGGAUUUAUCGAUGGUACUGAAGAGCGCCGCUGUGUGGUUUGUCCCGCCUGUUAUGAACUUUUUGAUUUCGAUGUGGGGAGUAUCGGUUCCGAAAACUUGAAUAUAUCCUCGUACUUAAGGCACUUCAAGGACGCACACCGAUCCAGGAGGCUAGAGGGUUACUUUGAUCUUCAUAAGCGACACUAG